AUGCAACAAUUGAAAAUAACAAUAUUAAGUCGAGUGACAAUCUCUCAUGUACUUCGACAGCCACCUAAUUCAUCAACAGCAACUAAUAAUCAAUCAUCAACAUCAUCAAAUACUUCAUCACUAACAAAAAAAAGUCAAACAAAAGAAAAUGAUGAAACAAAACAUCAUCUUCUUUACCAUUACAAUGUUCUUUGUUUACAUAAGGAAUCAACUUAUAAACUUCUUCAAGCAGUUGAGCAAAUGUAUGAAGUUAUUUCAAUACAUGAACAUCACUCUGAUAAUUUACGAAAAUUUGUUGUUCUUAUUCGAUCAAAUCUCAAUUAA